GACAGAGUAGAGCUGCACUGAGUGGGGCUGAACUAGUUCAGAGGAGUGUUAAGGAGAACCAGAGGGAGAUAGAAACACAGCCAGUGAGGAUUGUGCUUACCAAGCAGACGGGAUGAACAGCUGAAACAAUCUGGACUGUUUUCUUUUCAUUAGUUAAAGGUUCUGGCUCCUCUUGAGUUGGACUCUAAUUUUGGCUUUUGACCUCUGGAACAGGAAAGGGAUUUUAAUCUGGCACUGGUGAAACCUGCUGUGAGCCAGGCAGAACUGACCUACCAGCAUUUUUUCAUAAAUACUGGACAACAGGACCAUUUCUCACACUACUAUUUUUUCCUGCUAAACCAGAUCUGAGAAUUUCUGCACAGGAGUUGUUUAUUUAAAGGACAUUUCUGGACUCUUUUGCCCCACGACCAUGGGUUUUCUCUGGGGCAGCAUUAUGCUGCUGUGUGGGGCGGCUCUGCUAAGGAUGGAGAUCAGUGGAGCUCAACAGACCAAAAACAACGUCCCCCGGCUUAAACUCUCCUAUAAAGAGAUGUUGGAGUCUAACAACCUUGUGACAUUUGAUGGCAUUGCUGACAGUUCAUCCUAUCAUACCUUCUUGUUGGAUGAGGAAAAAGGAAGACUGGUGGUGGGAGCCAAGGACCACAUCUUCUCUUUUAACCUCCUGAACAUCAGCAAAGACUAUGCACAGAUCCCUUGGCCUGCUUCUUCUGCCAGAAGAGACGAAUGCAAGUGGGCAGGAAAAGAUCUCUCGAGAGAGUGUGCAAAUUUCAUAAAGGUGCUGCAGCCAUUCAACCACACCCAUUUCUAUGUGUGUGGGACAGGAGCCUUUCACCCUGUGUGUUCUUACUUGGAGGUGGGCAAGAAACCCGAGGACAGUGUGUUCAGACUGGAGCCCCAUGUAGAAAAUGGCAGAGGGAAGAGUCCUUAUGAUCCCAAGUUGCUAACUGCAUCCAAACUAAUUGAUGGUGAGUUGUAUGCUGGGACAUCAGCUGACUUCAUGGGGCGGGACUUUGCCAUCUUUCGCACUCUCGGCAAACAUCAUCCAAUCCGGACGGAGCAACAUGACUCCAGGUGGCUUAACGAUCCAAGAUUUGUGGGUGUUCAACUGAUUCCAGAAGGUGACAAUCCAGAGGAUGACAAAAUCUACAUGUUCUUCAGAGAAAACGCCAUGGAUGGAGAACAUGCGGGAAAAGCCACAUAUGCACGCAUUGGACAACUCUGUAAAAAUGACCUGGGAGGUCAUAGAAGCCUGGUCAAUAAGUGGACUACCUUUUUGAAAGCUCGGCUUAUUUGCUCCGUUCCUGGCAGUAAUGGAAUAGACACACACUUUGAUGAAUUACAGGAUGUUUUCCUCAUGAGCACAAAGGAUCCCAGGAACCCAAUCAUCUAUGGAGUAUUUACCACUUCCAGUAACAUCUUCAAAGGUUCUGCAGUGUGUAUGUACAGCAUGACUGACAUCAGAAGAGUGUUCCUGGGUUCAUACGCUCAUAGAGAUGGACCCAACUAUCAGUGGGUUCCUUUCCAGGGACGUGUUCCUUACCCAAGGCCUGGCACAUGCCCAAGCAAGACAUUUGGUGGAUUUGAAACUACUAAGGAUCUUCCUGAUGAAGUUGUAACUUUUGCAAGAAGCCAUCCAGCCAUGUUCAACCCUAUCUAUCCAAUUAACAACCGACCAAUUAUAGUCAAAACAGAUGUGGACUACCAGUUCACUCAAAUAGUGGUCGAUAAAGUAGAAGCGGAGGACGGCCAAUAUGAUGUAAUGUUCAUAGGCACAGACAUGGGAACCAUUCUGAAGGUUGUAUCCAUUCCCAGAGGCUCCUGGCAUGAUUUAGAAGAAGUCUUAUUAGAAGAAAUGACAGUCUUCAGAGAACCAGUUGCCAUUACAGCUAUGGAACUUUCAACUAAGCAGCAACAACUUUACCUUGGCUCAGACAUUGGUGUUUCACAGAUGCCUCUACACCGAUGCGAGGUGUAUGGGAAGGCUUGUGCUGAAUGCUGCCUGGCAAGGGACCCUUACUGUGCAUGGGAUGGCACAGAAUGCUCCAGAUAUUUUCCCAUGGCUAAGAGGAGAACUAGAAGGCAAGACAUCAGAAAUGGAGACCCACUCACUCAGUGUUCAGAUCUGCAACACCACGAUGAACAAAGUGAUCAGGCAACCUUCAUGGAUAAGACUGUGUAUGGUGUGGAGAACAGCAGCACUUUCCUUGAAUGUAGUCCCAAGUCGCAACGAGCGCUGACAUACUGGCAGUAUCAACAGUCCACCGAUGACCACAAACAAGAGAUCAAAUCAGCGGAGCGUUUUAUCCACACAGAGCAGGGCCUCCUGAUCCGGAUUCUUCACAAGAAGGAUUCAGGCAUCUACAUGUGCCAAGCAGUGGAACAUGGAUUCAUGCAGACAGUUUUAAAGGUUAACCUAGAAGUCAUUGACACAGAGCGGUUGGAAGAUCUUAUACAUCGUAAUGAAGAUACAACAACUAAUGUCCAAGGCCAUGAUGUUUCCUCACUAAGAGAAGCUCCAACUCAGAAGCUUUGGUACAAAGACUUUCUGUCUUUGGUCAACCACCCAACCCUGAAUAGUGUGGAUGACUUUUGUGAGCAGGUUUGGAAAAGGGAGCGGAAGCACAAGAGACAAAAAGCUCACCUUGUGCAGCAAGUGCAAAUGCACCAGCAGAAGGUUGUGGUGCACCCUCACAACCACAUGCAUGCUCAAGGGCUGGCAUCCAAGUGGAAACACUUGCAAGAAAGACAGAAGGGACGCAACCGCAGGACCCAUGAACUAGAGAGGGCUCCUCGCAGUGUCUGACCCAUAAAUCUUGACUUUCCCCACUGAGUCUUGAGACGACAACCAGAUCACACUCUGUAGUAUAGAAAAAAAAAAAAAAAAAAAAAAAACCUCAUUGUUACUCUCUUCAUUCUCUAAAAAAGACUUCUUCCACAAAGACUGACCAGAAAAGGUUCAGAAUAAAUAUUACCCUGUUCAGUGUGUGGGCAGCCAUGUUUACAGUACUGUAGUACAAAAGACUGCAGGAAACAGGAUGUUGUUGUAUCAUGCCAGAGCAUUGGAAUAUUAUCUCGGCUGGCCUCUGUGACCUGAACUCUGCAGAGGGACAGUCUCAGCACAAGAACUGGAUGCAAAUACCAUCCUAUAGAUAUGACUCACAAUUUGCCCAUGGUAUGCCAGUUUGGUGUCUUUGAUAGUGUGCAGAUAAACACAUACCUUAAAUAGCUGGUGUUUUUUUCAACACACAAAAGGGGAGUAGGUGAGAUUGUAGUAAAAGCAAGCUGAAGAAUAAAUAGGUUUGCACAGAAAUUAUAAACUAAAAAGGUGGCACACGUCAAAAGGAAAGGACAAGGUGGAAUAGCUUUCAUUUUUGGUGUCAUCAAUUGAUAAAUAAGUCAAAAUGAAAGGGAAAAGUGCCCAGAAACUGCAAGAAACUUGGUGGAGCAAUUACUAAUUUAAUCAUGCAAUUAAAAAGUGUAAAUAUUCAAUGGUGUCUCCGUACAAGAAAGGGAAUGGCUUAGAAUUGUCUAGUUGGUUCAUGCCCCCCCCCCCCGAUCAAAAUUUAUUUCAACUAAGUUUUGCAAACCACUUGAUACCAUAGAAAUUUUAUACUAAUGUGUGUGUGUGUGUGUGUGUGUGUGUGUGUGUGUGCGUGCGUGCGUGUGUGUGUGUCUUUGCCCUAGAUAAGCUUCCCGGACAAAUAGAUUUUAUUAUUGUUUUCUUGAAAAUCUUUCUGGCCUGAGCAUUUAGAAAACGACCUUGUGUCAGUUCCCAAAAUGCCACCGCAUUUCUGUGUUCUUCCAUGUCUUUUUGAUUAUGCUUUUCUUUUUUUGUGUAUUUAUUGACAA